AAACGCAGAAACAUCUUUCCUUCACAGUGCCUCGCCAGUCGCCACUCUCUUCACAUAACCACUCUCUUAGUGCCUUAUUUUCUCUGAGAAGUGAGAACCGCACACCAAUGUUCUCCUUUUUCUUCUUCUCGAUCUCGCUCUCACAUCUCCAUCAUUCCAUGUUCUUCAUCGCUCAAAUCUCUUCCCAGUUUUCAUCUCAAUCUUAAUCGUGCUCUAAAUCCUUUUCUCGGACAAGCUUGUGCUGAUUUCAAUUGAAAUCUCAAUUGCGCUCUAAUAAUCAGAUUGAGCUCGUAAUUCAGUGAUUUAGAAUCAAAAUUUGGAGGAUUUUCUUCUCUCAAUGAUUUAAAUCUGCAAUUAGCUCCAUCUUCGGUGUUUAAAGGCCUCUUUAGGUUGGUUUCUUAGGAGCCUAAGUGGUACGAGACAAACUAUACAAAUUUUGCUCAGUGAGUGAUAAGCCUCGGAUUGGUAUCUUGAACUUUGUAUAGUUUUAAUGGCUUCCAAACGCAUUACUAAGGAGUUGAAGGACCUACAGAAGAAUCCUCAUGUUUCCUGCAGUGCUGGCCCUGUUGGUGAUGACAUGUUUCAUUGGCAAGCAACAAUUAUGGAUCCCGCAGACAGCCUUUAUGCUGGUGGUGUAUUCCUAGUGAACAUUCACUUCCCACCAGAAUAUCUAUUUAAGCCACCAAAGAUACUUGUUGAUUUUGGACCGUACAAAUUGGAAGACAAACAAUUUUACAGAACUAUUCAUUCCAUAUAUGUUUUCAGCUUGCCUUCAAUUAUUUUUGGUGUAUUUAGGGGAGAAGUUGGAAAAUGGAUUACCAUUAUUGCUGUUGUUCUAAGGCUUUUCCUUCCAAAACACUUCCCUGGUGCUAAUUCCACAGCAUCCAUCACAGAUAAUGGAUUGAAAGCUGCUUAUGCCAUUAAGGCUGGUACAAAAGGACCUAGAGGAUGGACGAUAUCUUUUGUUGCCACUUGUGUGUGAUUUAUUUAUUUUUGUCUCUGCUGUUAAGUGCAUUAUUGAUGAUUGGAAUUAAUAUGCAAAACAUAGUUAUGGGGUGGUAGUAUUUUUUAUUGUUUAGAUUUGUAAUAUGAUUUAUUACUUUUCAAGAGGAAUUUGUGUAUCAAUAUUUUAAAUUUAAUGAAAUAUUUUUUUUGUAG